UUGAGUUGGGUGGAGUGUUCAAUGGGAAAGGAAAGAGUUAUAAACCCUCAUUGGACCUCCCCACAGCACCCCAAGAGGAAAGCCAGGAAGAAAGAAGAAAACCUCAAGCCCGGAGUCAUGGCAACCAAACCCAAGCUCUUCUACUUUCAUGGCAGGGGCAGGAUGGAGUUGAUCCAUUGGCUGCUGGCUGCAGCUGGAGUGGAGAUUUUGAAAGACCAUGGAGAGGAUUUUCUCGUUGGCAACAAAUUCAGUUGGGCAGACAUACAACUGUUAGAAGCGAUUUUAAUGGUGGAAGAACUCGAUGCUUCUGUUCUUUCUGACUUCCCUUUGCUAAAGUGCCUACUGGACAACUCUGCCCCCCUUUAGUGACCCUGAUGCCGAGGACACCCCACCAUUUCCCUCCAUUGCUCAGAGAUUCUGCCUGGGUGUCCCUGCCUGUCUCCUGCUGUUGCUGGUCCUUAGACCUCCCUCUCUCAAUCCUGCCACUGCCAGACCAGAGCUGGCCUCUCUUCCAAUUCCUUAGAAACAUUUUAUCUAAGAGGUGACCAUAGGUUUUGUGGUUUAAGAAUAGUAUUUUUUUCUUACUACCAAAGAAAUGAAAGUUCAGGUCUUUACGUUAGGCAUUUGUAUGAAACAAAAGAAGAAAAGACCUAACUAGCCAAAUGCUACUACUGGAUUAGACUCUGAUCUAUUAUUUUACAUUUUUCCUCAAAAUAAGAUCAUACUAAAUAUUGUUUUGUGGCCCCCUUUUAACAUUUAAAAAAAUUAUCAUGAAUGUUUUGACAGGUCAGCAAAUAUUCUUCUACAAUGUCAUUUUAUUUUCAUUAGGCAAUAGAGUCACAUCUUUUUGAAUAAUCAGAACUAUAUAAAAAGGGCAUAAACUGAGAAAGCUUAUUCCCACCACUGCCCUCCCACCUUUCUGCUCCUAUAAUCACUUUUAUUGGUUUCCUGUGUAACUUCCCAGUGUUCCUAUUUAUGCAGAUACAAGCAAAUAUGAAUAUCUAUUUCUCUCUCAUCCCCAUCCCUGGCUUUCUUACACAAAACAGCAAAUAUAUUCUGUUCUGCCCUGGACUUUUUUUUUUUUUCUUUUCCCUUUCUUUAAACUAAACCGUGCAUUCUAGAGCUCUUUCCCUGUCAAUACAGGAACCUUCCUCUUUCUUUUUAUAUAUAAGUCAUUUUAAAUUACUGGCUUAUAUACCUUGUAAGGACAUACCAUAGUUUAUAUGACCGGUUUUCUUUUCUUGGAAACAUAGGUUAUUUCCACAUUUUCACCCUACUAACAUUCUUUUUUUUUUUAAGAU